UCCUGGUUGGUGUGGACGUGUGACAGUGAGUGUGGGAAUUGAUGCCAAACUGGAAAUGCUGGGAGAAAUGGGGAUCUCAUGGAGAACAGCUCUAGUUCUAGUCAUCUUCAUUACUUUUCUACAAAUCCGAGCUCUGAUGUGUGACAAACCCACAGUUGUUUCUGGCACUGAGGGUCAAAUGUUUGACUUCAUAUGCGAGUAUCCAAGCGACAGGAAAAACAACACCAAACACUUCUGCUGUUUAGACAUCGAAGAGUCCUUCGUUCAGGUGGUCCGAACUUCCAAACACAACGAGUGGACAAGAGAAGGACGUGUCUCUCUUUACGACAACACUACAGCGGGCUACUUUAUCGUUAGGUUGGAUGAACUGUAUUUAAACGACAGCGGACAGUACUAUUGUGGCGAUUUUGGGAGCGGUGAUCGCAUCAUGAAGAUACAUCUGAAUGUCUCCCAAGUGUAUAAAGUCCCUGCCUCCACCAUGGCUGCACCAGUUCACAAGCUCACCAUGCAGCUGUCCCUGACCAUUAUAUUGUGCGUUGGAGCGAUGAUCUUUGUGUGUCUGUUCACAAUAUGUCUUCUUCUGGCUGCGAAGCACAGGAGAUCCACCCCUCGCCAGAAAAGAGAGACGUCGUCUGACUAUGAGACGAUGAUGCCCUCGGCGGCAGCGGCACCAGAGCCCUGCGGGUGUUCGCAUCCGGACUGCAUUGACCUCUCCGCUUUGCCUCGGCCACCUUCUGACCUCUACUCCUGCUUCACAGAGGAGCAUAGGGAGUCCACCAUCUCUUGCAGCCUCGGUGAAUACGUCGAUGUAGACGUACUGGGACAUAUCUGCCAGUACCAGCUUCUGGACCGGGGCCGACUGGAAAACCAUGUUUACCACAGUCUUCACGGGAGCUGCAGCUCCAAACAACAAGCUCCAAAAGAGCAGAUUGUCCACUGAUAUACUGUAGCUUAUUCCAGGAACAGUGUGUGGGUUGGUUGUUGGUAUUAAGUUAUACCAAUCUGUAAAAAGUGACAGACUUUUCUCUCAGUUUUAUAGUUUGAAGUUCCUUCAAUGACAUGAAGGAAGAAGUGCCAGACUUUUCUCUGCUCCUUCUACCUGCACGCUGCUGACCUACUUGCUAAAAGAAGGUCAUUACUUUAUUGUGAAAAUGUACAAAAUUACAGUCGUAUUAAGAUAUAUUCACCUACUUGGAUGCAAAAUCAACUUAUCUGACAAUAUGGACAAAUUAAACCGUUUUUUCUUUCAAAAAAAUGUAAGAAAACUGAAAAAAGUUUUAAAAUAAUUUUCAGCAUUUUGAUGAGUCAACAAGGAUCAGGAAAACAAUGUCAUUCAGCUACAGUGGAGGGAUUUAAUCUAAAACAGACAUUUUCAUUUAUUUUCUUUCAAUACUAUUGGAAAGGCAGAUUUCUCAUGUCACGCUCAGUGAAAUGAAACAGAUUUCUGUCGGCUGUUUGUGAUAAAUGAAGAAGGUAAAUUAUCAGAAUUAUUUGCAUCUUAUUAAAGGUGUUUGCACAGUUGAAAGCGGCUUUAAUGAGAUUAAAAAAUGUGCAGAUGUGUUCUCUCCAAUGAUGUUAAGCAUAAUGUGAGCUGUCCCUCUCCCACCUGUUGCUGCACACUGCCAAUCUGAUAAACUGCCACAAAGAAAGUCUGUUUGGAAAUAUUUCCAGAAUCGAGAAAACAUGAUAAGGCAUUGUCUGAAACUGGAGAAUCAUCCAUCAUAGUGUUUUUAAAAGAUCACUAUAAGCAAAUUAAUACACUGAAAAAAAAAAUCGAAAUAUUUUUGAACUGGUUUCUAAUGCAAAUAUCUUAGUUGACCUAAAG